AUGCGUCGAGCAAAGCUAACGGUAACAGUCACCUUUGAACGAAUUGAGGAGUCUGCCAAAUUGAGACCGGCAGUAAAUGCCAAGAAGGCCAAGACAGUUGAAGUAAAAGAACACAACCGCCUCAAUUGUAGCAAAGGCGUUAUUUACAACAACGACCUUCGAGGAAUCCCCGAAGAAGAAAUCUUGAUCGAGUUAAAACAACAAAAUGUUACUGAAGUGAAAAAGAUUUUAAAAAAGGUCAAUGAUUCUCUUAUUGAGACCGGACUUAUUAUUUUAACUUUUUCGUCAGUAAGCCCACCGGAGAGCAUCAACAUAGGUUACGAAAAGUCUGUGAUACGACCAUUUAUACCCAUGCCACUGCGAUGCCGAAAAUGCUUUCGAUAUGGGCAUUCCACAAUUGUAUGCCAAAAUAAUAAAAUCUGCAUUAACUGCGGUGAAGAAGAACAUUUAAACGACGAUGAGGAUUGUGUUAAAGCAACAAAAUGCAUUAACUGCGUGAAAGAGAAUCGGAGUGAAAAUAAUCACUCCGUCCUCAAUAAGAAAUGUCCCGUUUUUCUAAAAUUUAAAGAACUCCAAACAAUAAAAACAGUAGAAAAAGUUGACCACAAAACAGCAUUAGAGAAAUACAAACAACGUCAUCCAAACGACAUCUCUUUUGCUCAAAUAACUCGCAACGUCGUCAAAUACGACGAUACACAACAUAACAAACAUAACAACAACAGAACAGAGAAACACGAGGAGAACAUAACCUAUGAAACACCACCAACAACAUCGAAGUUGAAGAAACCGACAACAGUCACUGUUCUCCCAAAAAAUGCUUCUAAGGGGAUGAGAAAUGAGUUAAAAAAUAAAAUCUCUCCAGCCAAAAACAACAAAAAACUGUGCACUAAGAAUGCAGAUAAUAAUGAAACGGAUAGUGAUGUUUAA